AUGGCGCAGGCACGCUUUUUCCAGAAUUAUCGAGUGUAUAUCCUCACUUCAGUUGCCUACAUGGGGUCACUGCUGUUUGGCUAUGACACUGGAGUGAUGGGCUCUGUCCUCGCCCUCGACAGCUUCAAAACCGACUUUGGCCUCCCCCUCGGCGAAACGGGUUUCGCCUCCGACAAAAACUCCCACGUCUCCUCCAACGUCGUCAGUCUGCUGACCGCAGGCUGUUUCUUCGGUGCAAUCUUCGCCGCAUACAUCAACGACCGUCUCGGCCGCCGGUACUCCCUCAUGCUGUUCACCGUCAUCUUCCUCGUCGGAGCCGCCGUGCAGGUCGGUGCUCUCCAUGAAAUCGGCAUGAUCUAUGGCGGCCGCGUCAUUGCUGGCUUUGGCAUUGGUGGCAUGUCGAGUAUCACGCCCGUUUUUGUUAGCGAGAACGCGCCGGCCAAGUACCGUGGGCGUAUCGCUGGUCUCUUCCAGGAGUUCCUCGUCAUCGGGAGUACCUUUGCCUACUGGCUAGGCUACGGCGUCUCCCUGCACGUCCCCCAGGGAACACCGCAAUGGCGCAUCCCCGUCGCCGUCCAGCUCAUCCCCGGCGGCCUCAUGCUCAUCGGCCUCUUCUUCCUCAAGGAAUCUGCCCGCUGGCUCAUGAAACAGGGCCGCCGCGAGGAAGCCAUCGACUCACUGGCCUACAUCCGCAACGAGCCCGAAACAUCCGAAACCGUGCAGAAGGAGAUCGCUGAGAUCGACGCCGCGAUUCGCGAGGAAAGCGCCGCGACCGAGGGCGUCACCUGGAAGGAGUGCCUGCGCAAGAGUAACCGGUACCGCUUCUUCCUGGCGUUUGUCAUCAUGUUCUGGCAGCAGUUCAGCGGCACGAAUUCCAUCGGAUACUACGCACCUCAGAUCUUUCAGUCGAUUGGUGUCAGUGGGUCCAAUGCGUCGCUGUUUGCGACGGGGAUUUAUGGGACGGUGAAGGUUGUCGCGACGGCUAUCUUCUUGCUCAUUGGUAUUGAUCGCUGGGGACGCAAGAACAGUCUUAUCGGUGGUGCGGCGUGGAUGGCGAGUAUGAUGUUUAUCAUCGGUGCUGUCCUCGCGACGAACCCGCCGGACCCCGAUGCGUCGAGUGUCUCGAGUGCCUCGACGGCUAUGGUUGCUAUGAUCUACCUCUAUGUCAUCGGAUACUCCUUCUCCUGGGGCCCGACACCCUGGGUGUAUCUCGGCGAGAUCUUCCCAACCCGCCUCCGCUCCUACGGCGUCGGCCUCGGCGCCGCAACCCAGUGGCUCUUCAACUUCGUCAUCACAGAGGUGACCCCACGCGCGGUGCACAGCAUUGGAUGGAGGACGUUCCUGAUGUUCGGCAUCUUCUGCACGGCCAUGUGUCUGUUUGUGAUUUUCUUCGUCAAGGAGACCAAGGGACGGACCCUCGAGGAGAUGGAUGUGCUCUUUGGCGCUGUGGAUGAGGAGCAGAGGCGCGCGGAUGUCGAGACCACGUUGCAGAAGAACGAGAUUUCCACGGGGCAUGCGGAGUAUGUUGAGCGUGAGGGGGAGCGGGGGGGGGAGAGAAGGGGAUAG